AUGGUCAGCAGUAGCAGUGGGACGCCGCCACCGCCUCGAAAGGGCAACGGUCCGAGGAGGUCAGGCAUACCUCGUCGGGUCUCUCAGGCUGCCAGCAGAGGAUUGAUCCUGAACGAGACAGACGAUGAGGAGAACGACGACAAGGAAAAUUCGCAUGACGCGUCUGGCGACUUGACCCUCACGGAUCUGAGAGGCCCGCCACCUGUCGCUCCAUCUCGCCCAAACGCUUCCAAGCCACGCGUUCCAGGAGGUGCUUCAGCACUGAGCAAGUCUAGGAUGGCUUCAGUCUCAGCGUCCAGAAGGGGAGGAGAUGCUCCUGGUGGCCCCUCUUCGGAUGCCAACGCUCACGCUGCCUCAGGCAACGAUCUCACCUCAUCGCGUCGCACAGGAGGCGUCGCAGCUCUGGCUAGAUCCCAUGGACCCCGCCGCAGCCUGGGAGCGAGCUUGAAUGCUGCUGCGGCAGCGAGCGAUGCUGCUCAUGAAGGGGCCGCAAAGGAGGUGGUCAAGCUAAAUGUCGACUCGACCAGCUUUGAAGAGUGGAUGAAGAUGGCUACGGAUAAUGUGAGUGAUCAUAGCUGCGAGUGUCUGGCGCCACCCCUUUGCUAACAACGCUCGCCCUGGCUGUGGCAGAAAAUCAAUUCGACCAACACUUGGUCCUUUGCCCUCAUCGAUUACUUCCACGACAUGUCGCUGCUGCGGUCAGACACGGGCGAUGGGACCAUCAACUUUCAGAAAGCGUCAUGUACCCUGGAUGGAUGCAUCAAGGUUUGGACAUCUCGAGUGGACAGCGUGGUCGUCGAGACAGGCAAGUUGCUGUCUGGCUUGCAAGAUGACGUGGAGGGCAAGAAGGGUCGCUCUGGAAAGGACGGCGAUGACGAAGAAGGCGAGGAUGGCGAAGAUGACGAGGGAAGUGGAGCUGGAGGAAAGAAGAAAAAGCGCAGCAAAGCUAAAGAGGCAACGCUGGUCAAGUCUUUCAACCAGAUCGCUGCUAAGCGCCUCGACUUGGAAUUCACCGUAGACCCUCUGUUCAAGAAGACGAGCGCAGACUUCGACGAAGGUGGAGCUGGAGGGUUGCUCAUGAAUCACCUCGGCGUAGAUGGCAAAGUUCGGAUCGUAUUUGAUGCUGGCGAUGUAGCCGACGUGACCGACGGUGCCGAAGAACAAGUGGCCGAAGAUGUUUCCGAGAGGGAAAAGACGCCGAUGCCCGAGGCAGAAGCUCAGCAGGAAAGCGUCCGCGAGGAGGAUUUAAUGGACCUCGAAAGUCUUCGCGUUACCCUGUUUGGCGAAGAUGAAGCUGUGUAUGCCGAAGGCGACAGUGCCCUGGGCGCCCUGAUCAAUCACCGGACUGUAUGCCCAACGUUUUCCGCUUUCCGCUUUGCGGCUGAUGACGACACGCCGUUUGGAGCCCUCGCAUCUCACUAUCUUAGCUCUGAAGGUCAUCAAUACGCCGAAGACGACGGAAUGGGCUCCAUCCCGCCAGACAGCGUUGAAGGAGACUUUGGGGGCUUUGACGAUGGCCCCGACGACUUUGGCGGAGAGGGUGUGGACGUCUUCGGUUCUGGAGGGGGAGAGGCAGAUGACGGGGAGUACGACGACAUCUUCGGCAAUGCUGCACCUGGGGCGAGUCAGGGUGUUGGAGGCCACCUUCUUCAUGGAGGCGAAGAGGAUGGAGCAGGGCCCUCAAGUGUAGCCGGUCCAAGCGGUCAAGGCGCUGGCUUUGGGUCUGGUCUAGCGGGCCCGGGAGAUCGAGGUCUGCAGCUCGCGUUCAAGAACCCAGAAGAUGCCGAUGGAGAAGGCGCUGCGGAAGGAGACAUGUUCGAUUACUUUGAUCGGCAACUCACCAAGAAUUGGGCGGGGCCAGAGCAUUGGAAGAUGCGCAAAGGAGUGUUUGGCAGCGUUCCAAACGCUGGCAAAGGUAUGUCGUGUUCUCUGUGA